AUUUAUUUAUAAACAUUUGGAGGCUUAAAAAUAAAAGAAUUAAGCAUGUCAUCAAAGCCACUUAGACGACAAUUAUUCGGGAUUCGAACUUCAUUAAUCCCGAGCGUUUCUAUUACAAAUGUUUUUGGGCAAGAAGUAUCAACUUUAUAUGAGGAUAUAAUGGACCCAUCAUCAUUUACAACAUUACAAUUCCUGGAAACACCAGUACCAGGAACAGAAGAACAAGAUCAAAAAAUUAUGGAAAAAACAAAGCAGGCAGAAGCGUUACGAAAAAUUUAUACAAGUGAGCAAUUUCAACAUAAAGCUCUUGGAGAAGCGGUAAGAGAGAGUUUAAAACGUAUAAUUCAAGAUUUAAAAGAAGAUGAUUGGAUGUAUGAAGCAGAAGAAACGAAUUCAACCAUGUCUAGUCACGUGAAAGUCACGUGACUAAUAAGAAAAUUAAUCUAUGAAAUAUUAAGCAAUCCAUAGAAAU